CUCGUUGCGCCGAGGUCUAUGACGACUCAAAGGCUUCAUAAACACACCCACCACGAUGACGACGAUAGACUACGUUGAGAUUCCUUCCUCCGCUACUCGUCUACGCUCAGCCCAGAGCCAUGAUAUCCGCCCCGCUCCCAAGAUCGUCACUUCCCUCCCUCGCCCGGAGCACUCCCCCGUCAGGGCCUCUCCUGCAACAUCGCAACCAAUGUCACCUACUAGAGCAACGUCGAAUCUGACAUCUAUGCUCCUGUCGUCCGCGUUGCAGUUGCCCGCCAACGCACCCGCUGCACCUCGUACACAGGGCAAGGGCGCGCCUCGCCUCCUUUCCAACAAGGAUCCACUCUCGCUCCCCAUUACCACAGUGAACUUCAAGCGGUUUGUGUCCAAGAGUGGUCCAAUAUUUUGGCUUCAGGAUCGGGUGGAGGAAAUCGUGCUGUGGAAGAAGAGCUGGAAGGACACACUAGUGUGGAUGGCAGCAUACGCGUUCAUCUGCUAUUUCCCUAGGCUUGUGCUACUCGUACCUCAUGCGAUAGCCCUGGGCAUUCUGCUAGCUACGCAUCCAGCCAUAAAGGGCAAAGAAGGCGCAGACUCCUCUUCGCCGAAGGUCGUGCAGGCAUCGCCCCCGAACCAAGCUGGAGAGACUAGUGUUGACUACCUGGCCAACCUUCAGGCGAUCCAGAAUCUGAUGGGCGUGGUUUCGGACGGCCACGAUUUUGCCAUGCAAUUCGCGCCCUAUUGGACGUACUCCUCACCGUACACCAGUCUCAUUCUGUCGUUCGUGCUGGUAUCGUUCUUAGCCCUAGUGCCUCUCGUCAACCUCAUACCGAUGCGGACGUCUUGUCUCAUCCUUGGUCUCCUUCCGUUCUUCGUUACACACCCGUUUACGCAGCACAAACUCUUCCCUGCCCUCCAGAGGUCCGGCGCCAUGCUGAAUACAUUGCGCGAACGCGUAAUGAGGUUCAUCGAUGACGACAAGCUAGAAGACAAGCACUGGCGCACGGAGCUUCGCGAGGUCGAACUAUGGGAGAACGAGCGAUGGGUACGUGACGCGAGCAGCGGCUCCGGUGACCCGACGAAGGCGGAGGGGACGUGGAGCAAGAACAACUUGAGGCCAGGGGAGCGUCUAGCGUGGACACGGGGACGCGAUGGUUGGAGUGGUGUUGCCGAUGAUGGCAGUGGUCAAGUCAGCAGCAACCUCACGUUCUCAUUGUCUCCGGGGUGGACCUUCGUCGAAACUGAGGAUUGGAGGCCUGACUUGGCAGGAUCUUGGGCUGCACCGGAGGGUGCUGAUGAAAGCGGUUGGGUGUACAGUAAUGACUCUUGGCUUGACACACAUCCUCAUCCAUUGGAAGAAUGGAUGUCGGGUGGAGGUAUGACGCGCCGGCGAAGAUGGACAAGGCGGAUAUACUACCGUCCGCAGAGUCCAGUGUAAUUUGAAAUUGGAACGGUUCGUCGCGUUCUAGAUCACCCAGUGGAGAGACGGACACGGCUGCAUUCAGGCAAGAAAUGAACAACGCGAUACCUACGUUUCCAUGGAUAUGCUACCAUUGACUUCUCACGCAGACCAGGUCUCCCGGGCUCACAGGGACCUGUGAGCUUCGGACACGCAGAGAUGUUCUGGCCUAGCACAGUACCGUGUCCGAAGGUCUGACGUGCAGUUACGAAGCAUCAAGCAGGCGGUGACGUUAUCGGCUACGCUUCCUCUUCAUGCAACCUGUUCUUACGCAUGAGCAACCGAACCACUCGCACGCUGAGCCGGCGUUCUGGUAAUGAUAGUGCGGCCUAGCAUAAUGCCGGCGCACUUCUGAUCUAGCGGCG